CUGCCCGCCGCUCCACUUCUGCGCCAUGGCCGACACGAAGCGCAAGGAGCCCGACUCGUACGGCGCCGCGGCGCCGGCGCGCGGCAAUGGCACGGCGCUCGCCAAGCGCGCGCGGCAGGAGGCCGACGGCGAUGCCGGGCAGCAGGUCGCCAUCAGCUCUGCCGCCAACGGCAAGGACAAGGGCCUGAUCCGCAGCGUGCGGCGCACCAGCAGCCUCGCGGCGCCGAUUCUCGCACUCACGGGCGCACAUGGCGCUGAGGUGCUGGACGUGGCGUUCUCCCCAGACGGCGCAUACAUCGCAGCCUGCUCCAUCGACCGGACAAUCUCGCUGUGGACGACGUACGGCGAGAACAGCAACCUCGGUCUGCUGGCCGGGCACAGCAAGGCGGUGACGUCGCUCUGCUGGUCGCGGCAAGCGCCCUCACACACACCGCGCCUCUUCACCGCCUCGGCCGACGCCACGCUCAUUGUGUGGGAUGCCUUGAACGGGCAGAAGCUGCGUCGCCUGCGCGGACAUCACGGCAUCAUCAAUGCCGUCGCCGUCUCGCGCGGCCCGGUGCGCGGCGCGGCAGAACUGCUGGUCAGCGGAGGAGACGAUGGGAACGUGAUGCUGUGGGACUGGGAGAACAGCGGGAAGCCACGGGACAGCUUCAAGGUGGGAUACCCCGUCACGGCCGUCGAGUUCAGCGAGGAUGGAAGCCAGGUGUAUGUGGGUGGCCUGGACAACGAGAUUCACGUCUACGAGCUUGCGAAGAAGGAGAUUGUCUUCUCAUUGCGAGGGCAUACCGACACCGUCCUCUGCGCGCGGCUAUCUCCCUCAGGCACGCAACUGCUCUCGACCAGUGCCGACGGCACCGUGCGUCUGUGGGACGUGCGGCCUUUCGCGCCCGAGCCUGCGCCCGGUCAUGUGGGCGCGCCACGCCUGAUACGCACGCUCGCGGGGCUGCCGAUUGGCUUUGAGCAGGUGCUGAUUCGCGGAGCGUGGGCACCAGACGGCAGGAGAGUCAUUGCGGGAGGUGGAGAUGGGACGAUGAGUCUGUGGAACACGGAGACGGGAGAGCUGGUGUACAAGCUGCCGGGACACAAGGGCAGCGUGCCGUCUGUGGCGUACCAUCCAAAAGAGCCCAUCGUCGUCUCGUGCUCCUUCGACAUGAGCCUCAUCCUCGGCGAGGUCGAGCCGUGAGCAUGGCGGCAGAGGGAUGCGACGAGAUGGGAAAGCAGAGCAAUGCAAGCUUGCUUCCAUCGCAGCAGCACAUCAGGAUGCUGCGUCUGGCAGGUGCGCUCGCAGCGCGCGGCGAGCCUGCAACGCAGCUGCGCAGCUGCUUCAUGCAUACGACAGCCUGAGCAGCUUGUGAUUUCGAGCGGAGCUUGAUUCGAAGGGAGAUGGACAGAGAGAGGCAUUACGUGACAGAUGAAGACUCGGCCCGGGGAGCUAGUAGAGC